AUAAUAUUUAGUGCUAAAUUUAACAAGUCUGAAAUCGUUUACUGCCGAGGCUGUUGCCCUUACAAAGGCCAUCCGACAAAGCCACAUAUUAUCUGCGUGGGUAAAGGAAAAAAAAACGAAUUAAAAAUAAGUUGCAGUCUUAAACUCCCAGUGCCUACCAGAUGGGGAUCAUUAGUUCUUUGUCUACAAUCAUUGCUUGCUAACAAACAAAUAAUAAAAAGGAUGGCUAUCAAUGAAGAAGUUGAAAAGACAGUAAGCAAACACCCAUCUUUAAAAAAAAUGCUCUAAGCGAUAUAUUUUGGGACCGGGUACAAGGAUACAUUAUGCUUCUGGAACCAAUUGCUAACACAAUUACCUCUGUAGAAGGUGACACACCAACGAUUUCAAAAUGUCUGCAUUUAUUUAAAAAAAUGGUUAACACCUCAUUAGAAAAUGUCACUAAAAGUCCAUUGUUAUCCAAAGAGGAAGCAGAUACAAGGGCAAUUUUUGAAAAUCGGAAGAAGUUUGCUAUUUAUAGUGUUCAUUUUGUAGCUAACCUUUUGGAUCCAAAAUAUCGUGGCUGCGAACUUAGCUCAGAUGAGAUGACUGAUGCGACAGAAGUCAUAUACAAGGUAGCACAGAAGAUGCCAGAUGUCGAUGAAGCAGCCGUCUUAGCUGACGUUGUCAAUUUUAUUGCAAAAGAAGGACUAUUCAAAAAGGCUUUUCUAUGGAAUGAGGACACAAUUGCAGCUAUCCUAGCUUCACAGUCAAUCCUGCAUUAGAAUCUGAACCGGAACCAAUGAUAAUAUAUCCAAUUCAGAUCAGUCGGAGUCUGUCUUUGAAAGUGAUGAAGAGGAAGCUUCAGAGUCUGAAGAAAAUGCAGAUAGCGACGGGACGGAUCAGUGUUCAUUUAAGGGAUUCGGUUAAUUAAUUGAACCUUUUCAAUCAUUAAGACGUUGUUUUUUUUAUUUGAUAAAUUUUUAUUACUUAUUUUUGCUUUGAUUUUGCAAGUUAACGAAUAAACUCUUCUUAUUUUGUUUAUA